AUGAUCGGCCCGGUGCCACGGCGGACCGCGUUCGAACGAAUCGUCACACUGGACGCGGCGAACAUCAAGUUCGGUCCCGGAGCGACGGGCGAGACGGGCUUCGAAGCGCGUCGUUUGGGCCUCUUGCGGGUGAUGGUCCUCACCGAUCCGCGGCUCCGCGACGGGCCGCAGGUCGCCGCCGUCCAGGCAUCGUUGGGUGGUGCCGGCAUCGACGCUACCGUCUAUGACCGCGUCCGCGUCGAGCCCACCGACCGUUCCUUUCGCGAAGCCAUCCAGGAGGCGGACCGCGGCCAGUAUGACGGCUUCGUCGCGGUCGGCGGCGGCUCGGUGAUUGACACCGCCAAGGCGGCCAACCUGUAUCACACCUACCCGGCUGAUUUUCUGGACUACGUGAACCACCCGGUCGGCCGGGGACGGCCGGUACCGGGACCGCUGAAACCGCUCAUCGCGGUACCGACCACCGCGGGCACCGGCAGUGAAACGACGGGCGUGGCGAUCUUCGAUCUGGAGGGGCUCCACGCCAAGACCGGCAUCGCGCAUCGCGCCCUGAAACCCACGGUAGGGAUCGUCGAUCCCGACAACACCCGCUCGAUGCCGCCCUUGGCGGCCGCGUGCACCGGCCUGGACGUGCUCAGCCACGCGAUCGAGUCCUACACCGCCCUGCCCUAUACCCAGCGGCCGGCGCCGGACGACCCGUCGCUGCGGCCCGCGUACCAGGGCAGCAAUCCCAUGAGCGACGUCUGGUCGGCCCGCGCGAUCGAAAUGGUGGCCGCCAACCUGCCGGCAGCCAUUGCCGGCGACACCGAGCCGCAGGCGCAGAUGCUGCUGGCGGCCACCUUUGCCGGCAUCGGUUUCGGCAACGCCGGCUGCCACCUCCCGCACGGCAUGUCCUAUCCGGUGUCCAGCAACGUGCGCGACUUCCACCCCGAAGGCUACCCCGACGAUCACCCGAUGAUCCCGCACGGCAUGUCGGUGAUCCUGAACGCCCCGGCGGUCUUCCGCUGGACCGCCCCUGCAGAGCCGCAGCGCCAUCUGCAGGCAGCAGCGCUGAUGGGCGCCGACGUCUCGGGCGUCGGUCCGGACGAUGCGGGCGAGGCGACGGCGAACGCGAUCAUCGACCUGAUGCGCCGUACCGGGAUGCCCAACGGACUGUCGGGGGUAGGCUACACGCCGGCCGACAUCGACGUCCUUGUCCGCGGCACGCUGCCGCAGCACCGGGUGACCAAGCUCUCCCCUCGCCCCUUCGACGAAGCCGAUCUGCGGGGGAUGUUCGAAAGCGCGAUGCGCUACUGGUGA